AUGGAUUGUGGUGCAAUAGAUGGGGCUGCUCCACUCAUCACCAGAGGUCAAGAGUUUGACCCUGGCUACCACUACUUGAUCAAUGGUUUUGCUGUGCUUGUUACUCCCCAGCAGGCUUUCAAGCUUGCAAAUAGGAGAGAAGUGUCAAAUGUGGCUUUGGAUUUCUCCGUCAGAACUGCAACCACACAUACACCACAGUUCCUAGGUCUUCCUCUUGGGGCAUGGGCUCAAGAGGGUGGGUAUGAAACUGCUGGGGAAGGCAUUGUGAUUGGUUUCAUUGACACUGGAAUUGAUCCAACGCACCCCAGCUUCUCUGAUAAUACACCUGAGAGGCAUUAUCCUGUUCCACAGCAUUUUUCAGGCAUUUGUGAGGUCACUCGAGAUUUUCCAUCUGGAUCCUGCAACAGGAAGCUUGUUGGUGCCCGCCAUUUUGCAGCCUCUGCUAUAACCAGGGGGAUAUUUAACACAACUCAGGAUUACGCUUCUCCUUUUGACGGUGACGGCCAUGGGACGCAUACAGCUUCAGUUGCAGCAGGGAACCAUGGGAUCCCUGUUGUUGUAGCUGGACAUCACUUUGGAGAUGCUAGUGGAAUGGCUCCUCGUGCACACGUUGCAGUUUAUAAGGCAUUAUACAAGAGCUUUGGUGGCUUUGCUGCAGAUGUUGUUGCUGCUAUAGACCAGGCAGCUCAGGAUGGUGUGGACAUUAUCAAUUUAUCAAUCACCCCAAACAGGCGUCCUCCUGGUGUUGCGACUUUCUUUAAUCCUAUAGACAUGGCCUUGCUAUCAGCGGUUAAGGCUGGUAUCUUUGUAGUACAAGCAGCAGGCAAUACCGGACCUUCACCUAAAAGUGUUUCUUCCUUCAGUCCAUGGAUCUUCACUGUUGGUGCUUCAACGCAUGACAGGGUUUAUAGUAACUCUAUAGUGCUGGGAAACAAUAUCACAAUACCUGGAGUUGGAUUUGCACCUGGAACAGAUAGCAUGUACACUCUAGUUAUGGCAAGUCAUGCUUUGAAUGACACAGCUGCGAAUGACAUGUAUGCGGGUGAAUGCCAAGAUGCCAGUAGUUUCAAUCAGACUCUUGUUCAAGGGAAUCUAUUAGUUUGCAGCUACUCUGUCCGCUUUGUGCUUGGACUUUCCACCAUCAAACAGGCCCUGGAAACUUCUAAGAACCUUAGUGCAGCUGGUGUUGUGUUCUGCAUGGAUCCCUUUGUCAUCGGUUUUCAAAUCAAUCCAACUCCAAUGAGAUUGCCUGGCAUCAUAAUUCCAUCUGCAAAUGAUUCUAAGAUCUUACUUCAGUACUACAAUUCUUCACUAGACCAAGAUGAAGUUACUAAGAGAAUUACAAGGUUUGGGGCAGUUGCAUGCAUUUCAGGAGGUCUUAAAGCAAAUUUCAGCUUAUCUGCUCCGAAUGUUAUGUUUUAUUCUGCUCGGGGACCAGAUCCAGAAGAUAGUUUUCUUGAUGAUGCAGACAUACUAAAACCGAACCUAGUUGCUCCAGGAAAUCUUAUAUGGGCAGCUUGGAGUUCCGGUGGCAUGGACUCAGUUGAGUUUGAAGGUGAAGAUUUUGCAAUGAUGUCUGGAACCAGCAUGGCUGCCCCUCAUGUUGCUGGUCUGGCAGCACUUAUUAAGCAGAAAUUUCCUAAUUUUAGUACUGCUGCUAUUGGAUCUGCACUUUCUACCACGGCUUCUCUAUAUGACAAAUACGGUGGUCCCAUACUGGCCCAGCGUUCAUAUGCUAAUCCAGAGUCAAACCAGUCUCCUGCGACACCUUUUGACAUGGGAAGUGGAUUUGUGAAUGCUACUGCCGCACUGGAUCCAGGCCUUAUUUUUGAUACAAGCUAUAGCGACUACGUGUCAUUCCUCUGUGGCAUAAAUGGUUCGGCACCUUUGGUGCUGAAUCACACUGGUGAGAGCUGUGGAGCAUCUACAAUGAAUGGAACUGAUCUGAACUUGCCUUCAAUCACGAUAUCGAAACUGAAUCAAUCCAGAACAGUUCAAAGAACAUUGAUAAAUAUUGCUGCCAAUGAAACAUAUGUUGUUGGUUGGAGUGCGCCUUAUGGUGCUUCUAUAAAGGUCACGCCAGCACGAUUCUUUAUUGCCUGUGGGCAGCAACAAGUAUUGAAUGUUGUCUUUAAUGCCACUACGAACAACUCUUCACCAAGCUUUGGAAGAAUUGGAUUAUUUGGAAACCAGGGUCAUGUUGUAAACAUUCCUUUGUCAGUCAUAGUAAAAGUUUCAUACGACACAACUAAUAGCUGAUUCACCUGAUAACACUUCUCCUUUUGUAAUACUGUUGAGUGUCCAAUUUUUUGAUUUGCUAGGCUCUGUAAAUGUGUUUGAAAUGUAGAUAACUCAUUCGUUGAUGAUAAAAUAAGCAUGAUAUGAUUUUGUCCAGGA